UUUACGGCUGAAAAUAUUUGCCACUGCCCUGGCUCGCCCUUCUCCAUCCCCCAAGACUCAAGCAAGGCGCCCUACACAGAGCUUCCAGCCAGCGACUGCGUCUUCCCGGGGCGCUGCAGCGAAGGACACACUCUGUCCUCCGUGGUGGUUGGAGCAGAGCAUCACUGGGUGCGGCCUAAGGCAAGGUGGAGUCUGAGGGCCACUGUCGCAAAGUGCUUCGCAGUGUAGAGCUGUCGAGAUAUUGUUUCUAGAAUUCGAGAUGAUCAGCUUCAAAAAACAUCACCCUGCCUGCGGUAAUAGCUAAAACUAAACAUCCCACUGGAAGUGUCACUUUGCAUUCAGUCCCUUAUCCCUUCAAGAACAGAACGCUCAUUCUCGACCUCAAAUACUUCGUGGACUGAGACAACAAACGUUUCCUCAAAUGUGUUUAACAAGAUGUUUCCUCAAAGGUGGAAGGAACGUCUGCUAAACAGCACUGACGAGAACACGGAAUAUGUGAGGACCGGCGGACAAGUUCCCGCAGAACCGGUUCCCACAGGCUAAAGAAGACGGUAGCUGGGAGGGGCCAAACUUCAUUAGUGCCAGAGCGUGCAGGCGACGUCUGACGACCGCCCUCCUACCGCAGGGCACGACGGGAGGAGUGGUGGGACGCAGACAGGCUCGCGGCGUGGCGCCCUCUGGAGACCAAACGAACCCUGCGGAUGACUAGAGGGGCGCGCCCCUGGCCUGCGGCAACUUGGGGGUCUCCUACUUCUUUGUGGAAACAGCAUUACCCUCGCGCCGCUCCCGCCGCCCCUAGUUUUCUCGCGUCCCUGAGAGGCGCACGGUGACGUAGUUCCUGUGUGCGCCAAUCCGGGGCUGGCCGGAGGGCGGGCUCUUCGAAUUUGAAUUCCCAAACUGUUGUAGAUGUCAGGGAUCCUCAAGAGGAGGUGAACGUCGCCUGGGCCAGGGCCGCGGCAGACCGAGGCCGACGUGGGCCUGAGGCGCGAGUCCUGGGGCGCCUGACCACCUCCGCGCGGUGCCCUGACCACCUCCGCGCGGUGCCGAGCUGGGACUGCCACCGUCCGCCCUGCCAAGCCCUCCACCAAGCUACAGGUUCUUCUGGGCCCCUCCUGAAUUCCUGCUCUGAAAAUUGUGUUUGUGGAAUUUUUCUGCUAGAAGAACUUUGUUGCUGCUGGUUUAUGAAGAUGAUUGCAACACCAUUGAAACAUCCAGGAGUUUGCUUGUCUUCGGAGGCAUCUCAGAGGAGAAAUAUGUCCAUGCAUGCAAUCUUUUUUGACAGCAUUCCUUCAGGCACACUUACUCCGGUAAAAGAUUUGGUGAAAUAUAGGAACACUUCUUUAAAAUUAAAUGACCAUAAAAAGAAUCAGUUCUUAGAAAUGACAACUUUGAAUAAUAAAAAAAUAUUUCAGUCUACUGUGCUAGCAGAGGCCACUGUCUCUAACAGCUCUCUUGAUAUCAGUGUUAUAAAGCCCAACAAGGAUAGAUUAAAAAAUCAAGAAAACUACGAAUCACCGGGAAAAAUAUUUCAAAGAAUGAAAGAAAAAGUACUGCGUGAUAAGCAAGGACAAGCAUCAAGAGACAGUUUGUUAGAACCACCAAAAAGUGAAAGUACUAAAAUCUUGACUCCUAAUAGAGCUGAGAAAAGACUACUGCAGCAUACCUACCUCUGUGAAGAAAAGGAAAACAACAAACCAUCCCAGUCAGAUAACAAUUCACUAAAAGUCAAACAAAAGAUUCAACAUCAGCAAGAAAAGAAAGGACCCCUGCACAAUUUAACUUAUGAACUUCUAGUUUUGAAGCAAGAACACGAAAAUAUUUCAGCUGCAGGAGUCUCAUUAAGUACAGCUCAGUCGGCUAAACCAGUUUUUCACUCAAAAGAGAAUACUGUUGCAACCAGUAACUCCACAAAGGGCACAUUUAUUUUAGAAAACAUUGAUUCUGCCUAUGAAAAAUCCCAAAAUACUACUGUCGAGACUCCUAGUACUAAUUGUGUUCCUACUAAUAGUGGCAGUCAAUUAAUGGUUUCUGAGAGUAAGGUGACAACAGAAGCGACUUCACAACAAGAAACUAAGGAAGGAAAUGAAAAAACAGUAUCCAUAGAGACAGAUCUUCUGUGUUCCAUGAACAGUACCUGUAAAAUUGUGCUUGCGACUCCAAGACUUAAUAUAACAAUACCUCGAAGAUCAGAAAGAAAGAAAAAGCUUUCUCCUCCAAGUAUAUUUCAAACCAUUACAAAUGGAGCAAAAAAAAAUAAGGUAAUCCAACUACAGGAAUGGAUGAUUAAAAUCAGCAAUGAUAACACUGCUAUAUGUGUAGAAGGAAAAUUAACAAAUGUCGGUGAUAUAUAUUGGCACAGUAAUAUAAUUAUAGAACGCAUUGAGCACAACAAACUUAGGACUUUGUCAGGCAACAUUUAUAUAUUAAAAGGAAUGAUAGACCGGAUUUCCAUGAAAGAAGCAGGAUAUCCAAACUAUAUCAUAAGGAAAUUUAUGUAUGGAUUUCCAAAAAAUUGGAAAGAGCACAUUGAUAAUUUUCUAGAACAAUUAAGGACUUGUAAAAAGAAAGGAAAAAAGGCCAGACAAAAACGGAAAACUGGAAGAUCUCUCCCUAACAUACCCAAAUCACUGAAAAAUAAUGCAGGAGAAGACCAAACAGAUGUCCUCCAAAGAGCCAGCAUCACUUAUGACCUUGAUUGUGAUAACUUGGAACUGAAGAAGAAUAAGUGCCCUGUGUUGCUAGGAGCUUCAGAAUUAAACGUUUGCCAUAGUAAUCACCAAAAUAAACUACCAUUAAAGCUCCCAGAUGACCAAAUAAAUAAUACUAUUCAAAAUGGAGAGAGAGAUGACUUAUCUAACCAGGAAUUAACUGAAAAAAAAGAAUAUAAAAAGCUGUCUUCAAAGAAACUUGAAAAUUGUGAAAGAACAAAUGAAAGGAUAAUUAAAAGUCAGAAGCAAGAAAGAUAUGAAAAAUCAGAUAUCCCUACUGAUAUUCUAACCUCAAGAGAACAGUUUUUCUCGGACGAAGAAAGAAAAUGCAUGGCUCUCAGUCAGAAGAAAGCUUACAUUUUAGUAACACCACUUAAAUCUAAAAAAGUGAUCGAGCAAAAAUGCAUGAAGUAUAAUCUGUCCCCUACUACCAUUAAAGCAAUAACAGAUUCUGCAAUGUCAGACCAUCAAAAAGAAAGUGAAUCAGACUUAAAUAAAACCACAAGUUCCAUCAGGAGGCCCACAAGGACUUUAGAAAAUACAUUUGAGUAUAGUGUGGGUCAUAAAAGUAAAAACAAGGAAGAUUGCGGUGAACGUGAUUUACUCACUGUCAACGAGAAAAUAAAAAUACCUACCCCUAAAAAGGAUCAAAUGGCCACCUGUAACUUAAAGAAAAAUACAAGAUUAUCAGCAUUGAAGAAAACUGAAAACCAAGUAGCUACAUCAUUUCACAAGCAUCAGUCCUCAUCAGAUUUGUCUAGUGAAGACAGCAAAACAGUAAAGGAAGUUGAGAGGAAAUCUAGAAUUGUUAAGAAAACCAAAGCAAGAAAUACCAAAGAAACAGUGGUCCCCCUGAGUAAAAGCACAAGAAACACCACAAGGAAUAUCCCAGUGAUUUCUGAAACUGAAGAAAGUGAAAAUGAAUAUCAUGUCAAACAAAAGAAAGUUAGACCUUCUUCUAAAGAAAAUGUUCAGGAAUCUGGUGUUAGGAAUGAGUUUCCUGUUGUUGAGGGGAUAGGAUCUGAUAAGAUGAACAGACAUCCCUCAGAAUGUUUACCUGGUUUAACUCAGGAUGAGGAGUGGAAUGAGAAGGAGUUACAGAAGCUUCAUCGUGCUUUUGCAUCUCUUCCAAAGCACAAACCUGGUUUCUGGUCAGAUAUAGCUAUGGCUGUAGGUUCUCGAUCUGCUGAGGAAUGCCAGAAGAAAUAUAUGGAAGAUCCCCGAGGAAAAAGAUUCCGGAAACAUGUCCCUAAGAAAAAGCCAGCCAAACCCAAAGUUCAAAAUGGCAAGAUAGGUAAUGCUGAUAAGAAGCAAACUGUUAAGAUAACUGCCAAAGUGGGAACUCUUAAAAGGAAGCAACAGAUGAGGACUUUUCUGGAACAGUUGCCAAAAGAUGACCAUGAUGAUUUUUUCAGUACAACACCUUUACAGAAUCGAAGAGUACUGCUGCCAAGUUUUCAGAACCAUCAAGAAGAGGAUGAUAUUCUGCCAAAUAUAGACACGAAUCCAACAACUCCAUCAUCAGUUAUCUUUCCAUUGGCAAAAACCCCUCAGUGUCAGCAUGUCAGUCCUGGCAUGCUCACCUCUAUAAAUAGGAAUGAUUGUGACAAAUAUGUUUUUCAUAUGCAAAAAAACCAUAAAAACAAUGGCGGUAUUGUCUGGGGCAACGUCAGGAAAAAAACAGUUGAAACUGAUUUUUCAACCCCAACAUCCAGAAGAAAAACUGCAUUUAGCAAAGGUAAUAUACUUACAUGUAUAUUGUAUAAAACUCAGUUCUGUUAUGCAGAUGGUACUAAAAUUAAUUGUUCUCAAGUAGACAGACCUACCACUUGGUUUCUUAUAGUUGUUUUCAAUUUCAUUGAACAUACUUUUAAAAAUGUAUUAAGGCUUUUUAUUAAAUUUCUCUUUGCAGAUUUAGGAGAUAACUCCAGUAUUGGAAAACUUUUCACAGAUGCUAUGGAAUCUUUAGAUGAAGAGGAGAAAGAUUACUAUUUUUCCAACUCCGACUCUGCAUAGUAAAGAUGACAACAU